AUGUGGAAGGAUGAAGGUAUAAUAGCUGUGGGCGAUGAUGCCAUCCUGCUACUUGAUGGAACAGGCCGAGUGGAACGAGAGAUAUCCAAGGAUGGAUUCAGUUCCACAUCCAACUCUGUUGCGGCUACGGCAAACUUCAUUUGCGUGGCUGCCGCUGACAAGGCAAAAAUCGCCUUCGUAUCCGAAUCGCAAAACUACAGGGUGUCGGUACCCGAAUUGAUUGUCGCUGUCACGUUUUCCCGUAACGGAGAUUUAUUAUACGCGGGAUCGAACACUGGGAGACUAUACGUAUGGCAAACACAAACGGGUACGCUGGUAAAGAACAAACAAAUCUUUUUCAACGCUAUCACGGACAUCAAAGUAGACUUUUCUAACACAACUAUUCUGCUAGCGGCGCAAAAUGGCGAUAUUGCGCUCAUAAGGCUUGUGGAGUUAUUUUUAGUGGAUAGCAAGGGCGUCAUGUAUAUGGGUCACUCGGCGGCAGUCACAGGCGUCGCUAAUGUGAUGCAGGGGCCACAUGAAAACGCCCUCUCGUUCGUGUCGGUGUCACGUGACAAGAACAUAAGGUUCUGGCAUCACACCAAACGCACAGCGGUGCAAUCACACUUCCUUGAACAUCUACCUCUCUCCAUAGUGGUCAGCAACACAAGGUCACGAAUAUACAUACCAUGCGAAAUGGGACACAUAGCGGUUGUGCCACUCGCCAACUUCAAGGAUAUGUUUCUACUAUCUGGGCAUGUGGGAUCUGUCACGGGUUGUGCCGAAUCGUUCAACCUAGUCACAUGCGCUCUCGACGGUAUACGGGUAUGGGACGUCGAAGCAGGGCUCUGUAUCAGCCACUACAGCAACGCUGGGUCACAAAUUAAGACUCUGUUGAGUGGUACGACUCUUGCACAUAAAGUGCAUUUUGUCCCACUCAAAAAUGUCGUCUCUCGUGACACGCGCGUAACCAUAGCUCUCGACUAA